AUGGCAUUCGCGGCGGAUGUCCCAGCGAGCGUCGCAUGGGGCCAGCCUGCGCAGACAUUCCUCAAUAUACUGGGGGAGCCUACACAGCCAAGCCCACCAUCGGUGCUAUUGUAUGCACCAACGAGCCCACGGUCCGCCUCGGCGUGGCUGCGCGAGACCCUGCAGCAGUACGUCGCCCAGCAUGCGGAGGUAGGCAUCGUUCAUAUCUCCCCGCUUUUACAAUGCACACCAAGACUGCUGUAUGCGCAUGUCCUUCGCGAACUUCGUGACGAUGGCGAGGCGUGCUCGGAUGCUGGCACAUUCGUACAGCGACUGAGUGUCUUGGCCUCCCGCCUGGCCAAGAUGGUCCUCGUAGUCCAUGAGGCAGAACGGACACGCGAUUUAUGGCCUGAGCAUGUAUGGGAAAUGUGGCCUAUCCUUGCAGAGAUGACACGCCAGCCUGGGCAGGUCAUGGUCGUGUACGUAUCGUCGCUGCCAUGGUCGUUCUACCGCAGUAUAUCGGGUCGCACGAUCUCCGUGACGCCUCUCCUCCUCCCGUGGAUGGGGCUCGGACGAAAUGAUAUGCUGGAACUAUUGGCAUCUGAUGCCUCCCUUGCACUACGUGAUGCACCCGCUGACGUCAAUAUGACUCUGUACCAAAACGUCGUCAGCGACGAGUACGAAAUGCGACUGCUCUGUGCAAGCGUAUGGAAAGCACUCAUGGCUAUUGUACGAAAGGGCGCGAAGCCGGGAUUGCAUGAUCUCAUGCCGCAUGUAAGUGAAUGUUGCCGAGACGCGCUGGCGCGGAUCGUCCCACGCACGGUCGGACCUUCGGCAUGGGUCGAGCAUCGUACGUCGCCAGCGUCGUUACCGUCGUCGCAUACCCCUCCAUUACCUCCACGCACAGGCUACGGAGCCACCCAAGCCUUCCUCCUGAUUGCAGCUUAUAUUGCCUCGUACAAUCCAUCGAAAACCGAUGCAAAACACUUUGUUCGUGAGUUGGGCGCGUCGCGGAAACGCCGACGAACCAAGGCGCAAAAAGCGGCAGAUGCAGCCUUGCUGGAAACAGAAGGCAAGAAAGAAAUGUGGGACCGGACCAAGUACUGGGGCCCCCACUCGUUUUCAUUGGAGCGACUCCUUGCUAUAUACCAGGCCCUUCUCGUGGAUUUCAAGCAGGACUUGAACGAAGAUGGACUUCCCGCAUCGAUGGAACGCUCGGUACGGACUGCGCACAACAAGGCUGAGCAGCAUUGGGAAUACGUCGCAGGCGAGUUCUGGAGCCGCUCCUCAACGACAUUGGCAGAGCUGAAUGAGCUCGUCCGUCAGCAGCUCAUUGUGCGUGUGUCACCGGCGAACAAACUCAGUGCGAUGCAGUAUCGUGUCAAUGCUUCGUUUGAGUACGUACGGCAAGUCGCGCACACCGUUGGCUUUCCUCUCAAUGUCUGGCUUUGGGAUGCCUACAUCUAG